CCAAAGAGCAUUCGCCUGUUAUUGGGUGGAAGGGCUGCUGCUCGGGUGAAAUUUCUGUUUUUCCUUCCUCCAGACCAAAUCAAAAACCUCCAGUAUAGCAUAAAAACACAGAAAACUUUUUAAAAACGCUCAAUCUAAUUACUGUAGUGCGUAGGGCAGUGACAGUGGCAGUUUUGUUUCUUGGUGCCGUUUAGUCUUUCGUUGGCUUACUUUCGGUUCAUUGCAAUGAAAACUGGCUGGAGCGGAUCGGCAGAGUCUACCUUGUUAGUUCUGUACGGGGUUCGUAGUUUGCGUGUGCAGCAGGUGGAAUUUUCGCUAGGUGGAAGCCUGUAGAGACAAAGACUGGACUGGAAUGUUGUGAAAAUUUUUUCGGAAGGAUUGUCGGCUCGCUGUACGGCAGGAAGAAUGUAAUCGCGUUUUUGCCGUGUCAGUUUCUGGAGCUGACAGCAAUGCGAAAACGGGCGAGAGCGAAAUAAUUAUCACAGAAUAAAAAAAACAUUAUCGAUAAGUGAAAAUUAUACAAUGUCUAGCUAGUCUUUUUCUUGUGUAAAAUAUUGAAAAAUCAACUUAGUUGCUCUACUGUAGUGAAAAAAUCAUAUAGCAAAAGACGGGGGAAGUUUUACGAAAAAUUCCGUGUUCAUAAAAUCUAGCGUAACUUCAAAUCGCUCUUCGGACAACAGGAGAAGAGAGACAAUCAGCAUCAGCGACAAACAGCUCCCUGGGUGGCAGCAGACGACGACGACCGCAAAUCGUCCCGUUUUUCCCGUGAACUGUGCCCGAAAGCGGAAAUAAUGAGGAUUGAUCACGCGGACAAUGGAGUUCACAAGUGCAUUACUCGACGUCGAUGAGAAAUGGAUUGCACUGAAAAAAAGGAAGAAAAAAGUGCUAACCGAAAAGGAUGACACGAUCAAAACAUCGAGUGCUGUUGCAAAACAACAUUGUGAUUUAAACGUGACAGACAGUGAACAGAAGAGUGGUUGGUUGGUUGGUUGUCUAUUGCGAGAGGGCGAGAGAAAGGCGAGUGCUUCCUAGCCUAGAAAAGAUAGGAACUGUACAUCCCUAGUGUCUUUCUAAGAGAGACAACAGUUGACCAACAAACCCUCCCCAGGCUGGGUAAGCGGGUGGUUUAUUUAUCAGUGGAAGGGAGGAAUAGCGGUAAACAAAAUUAGCGCGUUCGGUGGGUUGUUCACAGUUUUUUUGUGUAGUUUAAACGAGCAGAGGAAAAAAAUCCGGAUCGAUUAGUGUGUGCCAUUCCACUGCUAGCUACUACGGAGGAAUGGCUGCAGCACCGGAAAGUCCACGAACCGGGGACGAGUCUUCCGAGAGUGAAAACGAAUGCGAACCGGCCAAAAUUUUCCACCGGAAGUUGUCAACCAAGAAGGAUGUCAAGUCAGCGGUUGCCACCAAGGAGGGCUAUCUAAUGAAGCAAACAUGGUCGUUCCAGCGCUGGCGGAGACGUUAUUUUCGAUUGAAAGGCCACAAGCUCUUUUACGCCAAGGAUAGUAAGAGUGAACUCUUCGAUGAAAUCGAUCUCUCCAAUUUGUGUUUUGCUGAGUGCAGCACCAAAAAUGCGAACCAUAGUUUUCAGCUAAUCACUCCCACCCGUUCGUUAGUGUUGUGUGCAGAAAAUCGUCGUGAAAUGGAAGAGUGGCUGCAAGCCAUGAAAGCGGCCUCGUCCAGGGAUUUUUUCGAGCCGGGACCACCCGAUCAGCAUGAUUUCCUUUCCGGUUACCACCACUGGUACGCAACAUCUCACGCACGGCCAACCUAUUGCAAUGUGUGUCGGGAAGCCCUGUCCGGUGUGACCUCCCAUGGAUUGUCGUGUGAGGUUUGCAAGUGCAAGGUGCACAAACGAUGCGCCGCCAAAGCAAUAUCCAACUGCAAGUGGACCACGUUGGCAUCGGUGGGGAAGGACAUCAUCGAGGAUACCGACGGGAACAUCGUUAUGCCGCAUCAAUGGAUGGAAGGUAAUCUGCCCGUUUCCGCCAAGUGCAUCGUGUGUGACAAAACGUGUGGGUCGGUAAUGCGACUGCAGGAUUGGCGCUGCCUUUGGUGCCGCUCAACCGUACACACCGCCUGUCGACCGCAGGCCCAGGUGGCCUGUCCGCUCGGGCCUGCCCGUGUGUCGGUAGUUCCGCCGAUCUCACUGCAUUCGAUCGGAAUCGAUGACGCUUGGGACGUGUGCAAACCACACGGCAGCUUUUCACCGUUGCUGGUGUUUGUAAAUUCUAAAUCCGGUGACAAUCAGGGCGUCAAAUUCCUGCGACGCUUCAAACAGCUGCUGAAUCCGGCCCAGGUGUUCGAUCUGAUAUCGUCCGGCCCAGGGCUAGGUCUUCGACUGUUUCGCCACUUUGAUCCGUUCCGAAUACUGGUCUGUUCGGGUGAUGGUUCCGUUGGAUGGGUGCUAAGCGAAAUCGACAAGCUGAGCAUGCAGAAACAAUGUCAAAUUGCAGUUCUUCCAUUGGGCACCGGAAACGAUUUAGCUCGAGUCCUGGGCUGGGGCAGUUCCUGCGAUGAUGACGCACACUUGCCGCAAUUGCUGGAGCGGUACGAGAGCUCAAGCACCAAGAUGCUGGACAGAUGGAGCGUCAUGGUGUUCGAGCGGGACAUCGGUAUUGUGGCUCCAACGCGCACCCCCAAGAUGUCAAUUUCGCACCAUCCGGAUCCAGUUCUGUUCCAGUACGAAGACGAUGUACUCGGCCUUCUGCAGGCGAUUGUAUCCAACGAUGACACGCAGGCGAUGGUCCAGGCGACACGGGAUCUGUGCACGUCGGUCAACGACUUUAUCGUUAGGGUAAGAGAGAACAGCUCCGACGAAGAGCAAUUAAGCAUCAGAUGUGAUAUUUUAAGACAAAAAUUAGGUAUGUUAUUAGAUACUCUGAAGGAAGAAGAAGCUGGUCUUCAUGGUGACGACGAAUUAUUUCGAACAUUGAAAGAAAUUGCUCAAAAAAGUGCCUCUGAAAGACCAAUAGAUACCGAAUUCUCUUCGCAUAAAAAAACGAUAGAAAAAAAUGAGAAAGACAAGCUGAAUUCCAAAGAACGCACAAGUAGACUAGAUCAACGUUCGGAGAAGGAAGCACUUUUAUGUCGCGCCAACAGUCUGAAGCGAGCAAUACACGAUGUGUUGAAGUACAGCGAAACUAGUGCAAUGUACAUUCCCCCGAAACGGCACUCGAUUCCAGUGAAUAUAAGAGGAGAACCUUCACCCGGCAGUUCACCAAACACGGCAUCUGCUCACCAUCCAAUGCCGACGAUUUCGCCAUCGGUGUCCACAUCCCGCCUGACAUGCAUAUCACCCUUGCCGGACCUGCGACGGGACUCGAUGGACGAACACUUCCUUAGCAGUGUCAGUCUUCCGGUGCCGAAACAGUUUGCCGAUGGUGGCAGCCGUCGGAGUUCAGCGGUUCCGGAAAACUACAGGAUCUCCAGCAUCGAGGAGCUGGAAGAGAACAGCGUUCACGCGGAUAAGAAUGAGGAAUUCAACGUCACAGUAGGACACAUUUCCAACAUUGAAGAAAACGUCGACAAUCAAAACAAGGAUGACAAAGAUGAUACACUGAAUCAGAGAUCUACCACAACGACCACCUCGGACUCGCAAUCAACGACCGCCCCGUACGACUUUUCCUUCGAGUCCGAUACCAAAACCGUGAAGUUCGAUCUGGAUGCGAACAGUGCUCUCGAACGGCUUGGAUUCAAGCCAUUCAAGAAAUCGUUCGAGCAACAUCAGCAUCAGCAGCAGCAGCUGCAACAGCAACAGAAAUGUGAUUCCGCCUACCUUCAAUUUCAGCCGAUUGAGGUGUAUGAACGAAAUUUGUACCGCAACAAUCAACUGCAACAACAACAGCAGUUGCUGCAGCAACAACAACAACAACUACCAAACACUAAUCUAGGUCGAACCUCCGUACAGAGCAAUGAAUCCACAUCGAAGGCGUCCAACACGCUACAAGUACCCAAUAUCAAUUUCCCGAGCAUGGAGAAGCCCCCAGAGAAUGCGUACUUCAGUGAUAACAUGACCAUCAUAGAUACGGAUAUGCCGGAACGUUCCUCAUCCGACGAAAUACCCGGUGAAGCCAGCGAUGUUCUGUCAGCCAUAAGCAACGAAGAAUGUAGUGUCACUUCGGAAAUUUUGGAUAGACAAUCAGAGAACAAUUCUCAACUGCACAUAGCCGACUUGAUACAGGAUUUAGAUUCAGACCGGAUUAGCCAUAUAGACUCUCCGGAAACGAGUGACACCACCGAAGCACUACACGGCGAAAGUCUGAUGGACGACAUCAGUUCAGUGUUGGGACAAGAUUUGCUGGGUGCCCUGAUGGACAACACAAUAACCGAGGACACGACAACGUUGUGCACGCUGGACCAUACAAAGCGACGCAGCUUUAAGAACAAACAGCAGCAACAGCAACAGCAACAACAACAGCAGCAACGAUUAGACGUCAACGAGUACGAUCAGUUUGGAUUCGAAAAUCGUGUAUUUGACAUCGAUAACAGAAGCGAUGACCAGAAAUUCCGGGAACCCAGAUAUUGUAGCUUGGCCAAGUUCGUCGAAGGGAACGACAUUGCUCGGAAGAGUUUCAAAAGACCGGCUGGUCGUGGCCAACCCGUAAGAGUUCCGAGUGGUAGAGCGUUUAGCGUGCCGGAAAAUGUGUUCACGAACAGAAAAGUUCAGGAAUCGAACUUUCUUCAACCGCACGGAUCACCAUCGGAUGUGUCCGGUUCGGAUACGGACACCGUCCGAACAUCGAAGAUCCAAUACCGGAAACUAAGCUCAACUGGAACCCCGGGUGAUGAUGACAGCUUGUCCGAUGACGAAGCCAGACCCGAUCCCUCCGACGAGGAUCCGGAAUCGGAUGGAGCGGUCGGAGGCCGUUCCGAUGACGAUGAAGGUAAAGAUAGAGAAGCCUCCAAAGAAUCACCGAAAGAAAUACCAGGAAUACCGACAAUCAACGUGGUCGUAGAGCCACCAUCGCCGGCGAUGAGUGAUGAGUUGCGGUCGCUGCGAGUUCCGGAGAUUCGACGCCACUCGAGUCACAUGCCGAACACACUGGCUCCACGCGAUGUUGACAUCAACCGGCGGCAUUCGGGUAACAAUCCGAAUUUACUGGGCCUAGACUCGGAGCACAUUCGCUUCCUGAAUUGUUCGCCAGCGGCCACCCGGCGUAUUAGCAGCGGUAGUCUGCUGUUCAAACCGGAAGUACUUAGAAGCUCCAAAAGCAACAUCUUUAGUUCUAAUCUGGGUCUGUUUAAUUUUGAGCGAGAUGCCGAAAGUAAGGAAAAGGAAGACAAGAAAAAGGAUGACAAAGAAGAAAAGGUUAAAAAGUUGCCGAUUAUUAAUCCGUUGGUUACUCUACCGUCGUGGCCGAAUGUCAACAGUGGAUUCAUUUCGAAGUGUUUAUUGGCGAAUGCAGACACUCUGUGCGCAGCGGUUAGUCCCUUGAUGGAUCCAGAUGAAACGCUGAUGGAAGGCUAUCAGGAGAAAGCGGUGAUGAACAAUUACUUUGGGAUCGGCAUAGACGCGAAAAUUUCCUUAGACUUUCAUAUAAAGCGAGAGGAACAUCCGGAAAAAUGUAGAUCCCGUGCGAAGAAUUACAUGUGGUAUGGAGUACUCGGUUCCAAGCAGUUGCUCCAGAAAACCUAUAAAAAUCUGGAACAGAAGGUUCAACUGGAGUGCGAUGGUCAACGGAUUCCGUUGCCAUCGCUUCAGGGUAUCGUAAUUUUAAACAUUCCAAGCUUUAUGGGCGGUACAAAUUUCUGGGGUAGCAAAAAAGAGGACGACCUCUUUUUGGCCCAGAGCUUCGACGAUCGAAUCUUAGAAGUGGUGGCCGUAUUCGGAUCGGUGCAAAUGGCCGCCUCGCGAUUGAUCAACAUUCAGCAUCACCGCAUCGCUCAGUGUCAAAGCGUGCAAAUUAAUAUUCUCGGAGAAGAAUGCGUUCCGAUCCAAGUGGACGGCGAAGCAUGGCUGCAGCCGCCGGGAAUGAUACGGAUCAUCCACAAAAAUCGUGCCCAGAUGCUUUGUCGCAACCGGAACCUGGAAGUGUCUCUUCGAUCCUGGCAGGUGAAGCAACGAGCACAAAGUAUCUCGAUUGCGCGAGACAAUCCUUCGACGACAUCGGAAACUCUGGUGGCUCCAUCAGAUGACAUAUUCUCCGAACGGGAGAGCUACUUGUUGCUGAACUUUAUCGAAUGUGUCGCUACGCUGGUGAAGUGGGUUAAGUUUCUAAUCAUAUCACAUCCCUCACUGCAACCGGAUUUGUAUGCUGUUGCAUCCAAAACGGCCGAUGCACUAGAGUCCAUUCAUCCGGGCGGAAAAAUCAUCGAUGGACCCCAUCUCAGGCGGCAGCUGACGGAACUGGUCAAAUCCGCCCGGCAGCUGUACGAAAAUACGUGCGAUCUGCUCCGUGAACGCUGCCAGAGUCUGAUUCUUCGCGAAGACCUGGAAACGAAACUGAGCGUCUCACUGGCCAACAUGGAAAUGGAACUGGGCAAGUGUAGUCUGCAGCAGACGAGCGACGGGGAAACGAAGGUCUAUCUGAACGUGCUGGCACCGAACGAAGACAUGGAUCAUCAGCACCGGAAGAAACAGAAACCGUUCUGGUUGCGUUUCCGGGGUCACCAUCAUCAGCCGGGAUCGGCCGGAGCCGGCAGUUCCCGGGAUGCCGUCAGUAAUUGGGGCGUUGGCGAGGUGGUCACCUGGUUGGAAGCGAUGCAGCUGGCGGAGUACGUUGACAGUUUCAUCAAGAAUGACAUCCGUGGCAAAGAGUUGCUCACGUUGGCUCGGCGGGAUCUGAAGGAUUUGGGUGUCACCAAAGUUGGUCACGUGAAGCGAAUCCUGCAAGCCAUUAAAGAUUUGGGCAGCGGAGCUGGGUAAACGGAGCUGGGUAGCAUGGUGGAAGCUAGUGUGGAGUAACGGUGAACCCCGGUAACCAAUAAGCACAUACUAAUGCUGCAUUAUGACAGCAAAUAAUCGCUAAUUGGCAUUUCAAGCGCACUUGAGACUGAAUUAAGGCCGACUUUGGCAAAAUAUUUGGCUAUUCAUGGGUAAUGCUUAUUUAUGGCUGAUGUGCAUUCUGAAAGCUGAAUUCUGAUUGAUUCACAACAGAUGAGCUUUCAGAUUGCAGAUAUAAAGCUAUAAACAUUUUUGGUGUUCAUAAAAGGCUAUUUAAAUGCUAUUAUUAGUGCUUAGUGGUUACUUGGGAAUGAACCGUUUGGAUGUACACGGAAAACAACGAGACAGACUAAUUGUGGGAGUUUGAUGUCAACCAGCCUGUUAGCUUGGGAGUCUAGGAGACAAAUCUAGCUAACAGAAAUUGACUUUUAUAUAUUUAGUAUAACGAAGGAAGAUAUCUGUAGUAUGCGUACCGUAUGCGCUCUAUUUAUGUAAGAUUAUCUGUUAAAACUAUUCCAAAGCAGUUGUCGAUAUACACAAAUCAAUGCUGAAAAAGAGAAUGAACAGCGAAAAGCAUUAUAUUUCUUUAAUAAUCAAGGAACUAAAAGACUUUAUUUACUCUUGUAAACCAAUGUUUUUCCAAUCCUUUUAGUACCUCAAUGUUUUUUCCUACGGUAUCUGAGAAAAACUUGAAUUCUCUUAAAUCUUAAAUAUUAGAAAAAAAGUAUUUAUCAAAGUAGAACUGGCACGAGCAGCAGUGGAUUAGAAUGGAAGCAAGAAACAACAAGCGUUCCGGAAAAGGCAAUAACCAUUAGGAACAACGCUAAAAUAACUAGACUACGACUUAUUAAGACAAACAGGAAUCAAGAAAUAUCAAUUCUAUUUCACGUGUAAGUAAAGAAGCCUAAAACUUAAGCAUAAGGUUGACUGUAUAUUUAAGUUACCCGUUCUUGAUCAUUAUUGCUAUGCAGUUCCAUUAACGUGUACCAGUGGUAACCUUUCAUUUCCAAAACUAAUUGUGUUUGUUGGUGUAAAACAGUAAAAUAAAACAAAAAAAAUAUAAACUAAAUUGAAAUUAAACUCUUUGGAUGUAAACAGUUCAAAUGGAUUCUAAAUCAAUUACGAAAACUUAAAACAUUAUGAAACCUAAACAAGGAAACAAAAUUAUCGAAAGUUAGCAACAACCUUUGCCGUUUGUGUUCCUACUUUAGAGCUGUUAAAUGUCUAUUGUGUACAAUCUUAUGUGAAAGACAAUUUACAACCAAAUUAAACAUAAACACACUCAACACUCAAACACAAAAACGAAUAUGCAGUUUAGUAAGCAUUUCAUGAAUUUCAUCAUCACAUUUAGCAUUCUCCCCACCAUAAUAAUGUUUAUUGAAAUCAAACCAAACUUAGGAUAAGAAUAUGAUUAGUCAAUGUUUUUUUCCUGCUAGAAGUGCACUAGUGUUAAGGUAAACAAAACAAAAAUGUUUCGCUGACCGAACCGAGGAACGCCCGCCGGUGGUGACAGUGUUGGUUAGCUGUUAAGAACUGUUCAAAAUAUUCUAUUUCCAAAACUAGACUAGAUAAAAUUGUUGGGAAAUCGGUCGAUGGUACACAAUACGCUUUACGAGUCUAUCAACAGCUGAAAGCUGUUUUACCGGAAUUUUACCGAAAAGUUUGUACCAGAUUUACAGGAUAGGUGUUAAGCGAAUGCGUGUGGGAAAUCUGAAGAGUCAACAUUUCGGAAUAAACAAAUUAGCCACCGUUCUAAAUUUCAACGUACGCAAUUUCCAUUGUAGAAAAUCGUUGAAACACAACGCGAUGGGUUUAAUCAGCGAAUAAACGAUUCUUCCUCCUUCCGCAGACGCUUGACAGCCUGUAGUACAUAGUGCUAAUGCAUGAACAAAACCGAAAAAUGCCUUCUUUCCAAUAAAAAAAAAACCAUCACCUGUUUCUCGCCCAGUAAAGACAAUCGUUGUUUAUGAUCAUCACCCCGGGGUCCAGGUUCGGUCAGCGGUUUUGCAAGUAGAUAAUUUUCGAUUGAUCGGAAAUAUCAAUAAUAUGUAUUAUUCAGUUUAUGUUAUAGAAACCAUACAUACUCGAUUGUUCACCUACUAUCAUUACUGAUUAAAACGGCUACGAAGUAAGAGACCAUAUUAGAACCCUUAGAGAUAACCGAACACUGCAGAUUUCGUUGUUGACAACAUUGAAAAAUUCGAUAGUUAGUACUAAGAAACAACCUAGAAACUCGUAAGCAAACUAAGAUGCGUUCAUUCGAAACCAUUGGUGAAACCCACUGUAUCUUGAGACCCUGCCCUACCGACAGUUUAAUGUUGAUCAUUGCUGAAUUGGGUACAAUUAAGUGACAAAAGUAAUCUCACAACAAAAUAAAUUUUAGAACUACGUUUUAACAAUUGAAACUAGACUAUACUGUAACACUAAAUUAUUAAAAAAAAAAAAAACACCCAAACAAAAUCAUUAAAACAACCAUGUUUGUUAGUGCAUAAUGAAGCACCCAGAACCACAGUUGAUGGGCCGUUCCUUGGAAACAGAUAAAACUUCAUGUGUGAUGUAACCUAUGUUCGUUUGUUGUUCGUCGUUCCUUUACAUAAUCGAUCAGACCAUCCCUCAUAGCACUCGCAAUCAUUAUUCGCAAACUUAUGUUCUCAUUCUACUGGACAUUCGCAACCUUUCCCGUCAUCCUUUCUCAUGACGUCUGUACAAGUUUCAAAGUGAAUGGCAACUAUUCUGUUAUUACCUACCUAUAGAAAUUCAUAGAAUAUCUUUAAAAAACCAACGUUUAAAGCAUCUCUUGAAACGUUUCCAGCUCUCUUCAGUUAGAUUUGUUGCUCUAUAUUCUAUUUCUAUUUUAAUUCUGUUGCAUUAGAAAACCGCAUCUCUACCUUUAGUGGGAUUAAGUCGUUAACACAGAUAACAGACUUUCGAACAUGAACAUAUUUCACCAUAAAAAUUGUUUAAAGCAAGCAAAAUUCGAUACAAGCCAUCGUUGCGUACGGUUUUGCAAACAUAAAUUGCUGUCGUAUGCAAGCUCGAUUGCAAGUUCAUGAAUUUGUCAUGUCAUUGUCUGGCGAAAUUCUUGGCUUGCUCGGAUUAUGGUAACAGAGGUAUUUUGACUGGCUCUACACACCUAAUUUUUUUAUUAUCAUUCAUUACUGCAGGGGCGGCAAGUUCGAUGAAAUAUUGAGGGGGCACAAAAAUUAUUACUACAGAUCAUUAAACUUUUCAAUAUAUAAAGCAUUUUUAUAAAGGAAUAGGAGAGGUUAAGGCAAAUAAAAAGCAACCAAGUAAAAAUCACAAACAUUUUCCCUACUAUUCCAGUAAUAACCAAUAUUCGAAAGUGGUACAGUAUAGCAUAUUUCACAUUAUAGUAAAUUCGUUUAAAAUUUUUAGUAACUUAGUUAGGCAAAGUGGAGGAUUUCGGAGAUGAACUACGGGGAUAACAGAAAAAAGUUUUGUAUCAUAAGAUAUUCCUAGCAAAUUUUCUAAUAAUUAUUCCAGUUGCCAAAAUAUUGGGGGGGGGGGCAUGACCCCCCCCCCCCCCAAUAGUUGCCGCGCCUGCAUUACUGGACAGUAUGUUUAAACCAUUCUCCAGAACUAAUCAAUAAAUUAUUUUUUUAGACGAAAAUGAAUUGAUCUAUUUCCUAUUCUAUUAUUUUAUAAAGCUUGCUUCAUUUAGAAUUGGAACAAAGACAAUUGCCUGUAUUUCAGUUAUUUAUUAUUGUAUUCAAGAUCUUUUUUUAUACAAAUGUAGCGUUUUCUUCAUACUUUUAAGAAAAAAUACGGAUAAAAUUAUUCGUCACGGUUUUGAAGGAAUUCUCGAAUUUUUCCUGUAACACCGCACACAGUAGGCGGCGCACACCUUCUUCGUCCAUCGUUUUAGCUAUCUUAUUCCACCAGGUCGUCAUCUGAUUGAUGUCUUUGACAACGUUUCCCUUUGCCUUGAGUCUCCUCUUCAUGAUUGCCCAGUAUUUCUCAAUAGGGCGGAACUGGGGGCAGUUGAGUGGGUUAAGGUUUUUCGGAACAAACUGGACCACUUUCUCUGCAUACCAUUCUUAAACGGCUUUGCUGUAAUGACAGCUUGCCAAAUCUGGCCAAAACAUUACAGGAUGGUCGUGGGAUCGAAUGAACAGCAAAAUUCGUUUUUGGAGACACUCUUUUUGGUAUAGUUCCGAUGUCAUUGUCUUAUUUGUAACGAAAACUUUCGUUUUUUUGCCGCAGCUGCAAAUGCCCGGCCAAAUCAUAAAUUAUCUUGCAAAUUUGUCGGCAAAAACAAAUUUAAAUUUGGCUGGAACAUCCCCUCGAGCCGUUGCCAAGUAAAAUUUUUGACCUGGGAUUUGACCGAAGUCAGCCUUGACACAGGUUUCAUCGUCCAUCAGAAGACACCCGUUGAACUUGGUCAGCACCUGGUCAUAUAGUUUCCGAGCACGAAUUUUGACCACACUAUUCUGUUUCAUGGUCCGAUUUGGCUGUUUGCUAGCUCGAUACGACUUGAUUCCUUCCCGGAGUCGAGUUCUCCUCACGGUACUAUGGGCAGCACCGAAUUUUCUGGCCAAAUCACGGUCCGACAGAUUAGGAUUCCUCUUAAUCGUCUUCAAAAUCUUACCACGCAAUUUCCGGUCGUUAGUUCGACUCCGACGAUCGGCUUGAGGCUUCCGAAUCGUCGUCAAUGUUUUCUUAUACCGUUUGAUAACGCGCCAUACGGUAUUUCUGGGCAAUUUCAGCUGUUUAGCUAGCCAAGAUGCAGACCACAAUGGAUUUUCCAAAUAACUGUGCACAAUUUUUUUUCCUUCUUUCGGCUUCCAUGUUGAUUGUUUACAAAGUACAGUCGAUUUUCGGAAUGUCAAAAAUCAUACGUGAAGCUGACAAAAUUCCCGACACGUGGGCGCCAAGAGCUUCCAAAUCCGUCCACCAGGAGCGCCACAAUAUGAGCAAAAGUUUGUUCCAAUUCUAAAUGAAGCAAGCUUUAAUUUAUUUUUAGGAGUUUUCAGUAGAAUUUGCGAAAAAGCAAAAAUAUUUUAUAGCUCAGGACGGUAUCAUAUUCACGAAAUACUUGUUAAUUUUACGGAAUUUCGGUAUUGAAAGAUGAACAAGUCAGUAUAUUUAUGAUAGAUUUACCUUCAGUGUCACUCUGCCGAACAUUCGGCAAAAGAAACUUUUACUGAAUUGAUUACCAAAGCUUCAGCUGUUUGAAAGUCAAUAAAAAUCUUACCGACAUCCGUAAAAAUUAAUUUGUGUUUAAGAAAUACGUUAAAUAAUGUCGUUUUCGUUUGAUAAAACUGAAACUGACCCAGAGUAGUUUCAUCAAACAAACAAUUUUUCACGAGACUGUGUUGGGUUCGCUCUUAGCAACGGGGGUUUGAUCGAAUCUGAUGUCGUUUUCGCUUGAUGCCAAACCUUACCCAGUUUCCACUCUAACUGCUGUCAAACCGUUUGUUUGAAGCCAGUUUCGAACCUAGUUUCAACGUUGUUGAACUGAAAAUCGAGUCAGUUUCGAACCUGGUUUUUAUAUCAGGUUUGUUCAAACCCUCGUUGCUAAGUGCGAAAUCAAACAGUUUCGUGAAAAGUGUUUGUUUGAUGAAACUACCCUGGGUCAGUUUCAGUUUUCUCGAACGAAAACGACAUGAUAUAAAAACCAGGCUCGAAACAACUGAUUCGAUUUUCAGUUCAAACAACGUUGAAACUUGGUUCGAAACUAGCUUCAAACAAACGGUUUGACAGCAGUUAGGGUGGAAACUGGGUUAGGUUUUGCAUUAAGCGAAAACGACAUACGUAUUCUAAUUAAGUAUUCCAUUAGAGUUAACGAUAUUCAAUUUCAUUUAUUACAUAUUUUUAACAUUCAAUUGAAUAUUUAACUGAAAAGUCGAUGAAUAGGGGAAACCGGGGCUAGUCCGGACACGGGAUGAAACCGAACAACUUGAAUAUCUUCUAAACCAGUAAUUAUUCCGAUUCAUGGAUUGACAUUGUAAACGCGCUUUCAUGUGACAGACAGAUGUCAGUUAGCUUGAUGACGCAGAGUCAUUUCAGCUUGGCGUCAAUCGUGUUCGCGUCAAAAUAUUUAUUUCUAUUGAUUUUGUUUUGAAAUUUUCUGAUUUUGUUGAAAUAUUUUAUUUCUGUGCUUUGUAAUGACGAUCUUAGAAUAUAACAAAAUAGUGAUAUUCGUAUUUAUUAUAUUUCUUAUCGCUUAUUAAAACUAGAGUUACAAUAAAUUAAAUUAAAAACGUUCAUUAUAUGUAGCUAAACAAUUCAAAAGUCUUUAAAAAAGACUAUGAAGUCAGUUUCACCAUCAAUUAUUUAGUACCACAGGGCGUGAAAUUUCAAAACAAUACCUAUAUUUCCAGCGAGCAGGAAUACGUCUCACGCAUGGUAGAAACAAACAGACAGUCCAUUCGAACACAAUCUUAUUUCUUUUGCGCUCAUGAAGUUAUCUUAAGAUUUGGCGCCUAACUGUAUUCGUUCUUUGUUUUUGUGUGAAACUUUACAGUCCGGUUAAGCCCCACGGUUCCUAAACAUUGGAUUUUGGGUUGGUUACUUCAUGGUAACUUGGUACAAAAUCUAAUGCAUGUUUUUCCAAGUCACAAAGUUGAAGCCGCACAACUGUAUAGGUAAAUUGGGUGAAAACCUAUUUGAAAUGGAUAUUAUUUUAAAUUUCCUAAAUGUGUCCGACUUGGCCCCGGUCUCCCCUACCUUUGAUUGAUUUUAUGAAUAUUUUGCGUUUGAAGAACUGUAUCGGUGUGCAUGACUUACAGAUCAAACAAUUAAAUAACACGAAACAAAUAGUUUUGAACUAGAACAGGUAAACUUCCAUAAUCUUUUGCGAAUAUGGUAAUGGUUCUGAAAAGAACUAAUUCGCGAAAUUUUUCGAAUGUUUACAACUGUUGAAUCUUUAAUGCCAUAAUUGAAUUUAAUUCUUGAAUUCUGUAAAUGGAUUGAAGAAUUAAAUUCGAAAUCUGAGUUCAGAAUUCUAUUUAAAAAUUCACGUUUGAAAGCCAUAUCAGGCAAUCAGGUCAUACAUUUUGUUCUAAAAUUAUGAAACUGAACUUUCUAGAAUUGAAUUCUGCACUUGAAUUCCGAACCGUAAUGAAGGAACUGAAUUCAGUUCGAAAAUCUAGUUCCAGAAAUCAUGUUCCGAAUUUAGUUCUAGCAUGCUGGUUCUGAACUCUGGAAAUGAAUUUGGGAAUUAAAUUUUGAUUUCUGAUUUCAGGAAUGAAUUUCUUGUUGAGAAUUCAAUCCUUAAAUUCUGCUUCGGAGUACAGGUAUAAUUUUUUGAUCCAGAGUCCAAAUCGGAAAUUCACAUCCUGAAUUUUGUUUAUAAAUUCUGAGGUUGAAAUCCUAAAUCAGAACUUUGGAUUCGAAUCAAAAACUUAAAUUAAGGAACUAAAACCACUUCCAAAAUCUAGUCAAGAAACCAGUUCUAGAAUUAGGAUUCAGUUCUAGAGUCAUAGCUCAUAAUUCUGAACCUAUUCAUACGGAAUUAAAUUCUGGAACAGAUGUUUGAAACUAAAUUCUAAAUUUGAAAUGAAGUUCAGAAUUUAGGUAGACAAAAAUCCAGGUUCAGAAUUCAGGUUUAAAAUUCAGUUCUUUAAUUUAAUUCAAAAUUCAGUUCCGUGCUACUGCUGGUUGAAGAAAUUUGGAUAAAAUUCUAAAACUGCGAAUGAGAGCACGACCUGCACGUUUGAGGCUUUACACCACGUAGGAGGUUUGUUGGUACUGAUGACCACGACGUCUAGUUCCAGGUAAAGUACAAGAAUCAAUGGUUGAUUUUCGACCAUGGUUUGCUUUAUAUACUUGUUCAGUUGAAAAUACUACCUCAAAACCUUUGUGAGCGUGAUGAGCUUUCCUCAUUAUUUACAAAAGUUUUGAGAAAAUUAAAUUUUCGAAAUAUUCAUGGUUAUAUUGCUCUGUUGAAAAUUUAAUCACGAAUUGCUGAUCAUAUUUCUGAUGUAAAAUGAAUUAUGUGGCCAGGUUUAGUACAACUCGAGAUAUUCGUUCGAUUGGCCAUUUAAUGGAAUUUCAUCCAAAAUAAUGUUCUGUAAUUUUUUUAAUCUCAGUCAAAUUCAAAAAGUCAAACUAUCUCUGUUGUCUUAUUUAUUAUUACUUUAUUGGGUUAUUUCAUAAAACUAGAACUUAGAAAAGAUAUUUUAACGUAGGAAGAACGCAACAGAAACCGUUGAAACUAUCAUGAAAAUUAUACUCUCAGUAAAACACAAAUGCUAAAAUUACGUGCAGAAAAUACAGAAUGAACCAUUCCCCACCACAGUAACACUUUCAGACGUGAUUCCUUUGGGUAUAACAAAAACUUCUAUCAUGUGGACAACCAAUCAUACCAUCAAAAACAUUAUUCUCCUUCACGCCUCCCCAUUGUUUGAGACUGUCAUCAACUUAUGCAUUUUUAUCUGUGAUAUUUUCGCGUUCAUCUAUGUCCAUAAGAUUAUGGGGUAAUUGAAAAGCUAUUAUUACAAAACAAAAAUCAUACCGAAAUCUGAAAAACCAAAGAAAGAAAUUAAAAGUAUUUUCCAAACUUGGGGUUUCGCCAAACUGGUCCUAGCAGGUGACAAGAAACAAAAGCAGCUCACAAAACCUCCAAACAUUCGACUUACGAAGCGGGCAAACACAAAUUCUAAAACACUUUGUCUCGAAAAUAAUAUCAAUAAAUGCAAAUAGUAAGCAAGUAAAUCACCAGUAAUACGCGAAUAACCGAAAACGAAAGUAAGCAAAAGAUCUCAAGCAAAUCAAAGAUAUAGGUAGUAACUUUUAGAAUACAUGAUCCUAGCCCUACGUUAAAGAAGACCCUAUUUUACUUUCACAUAACAUGUUUUAAACAGUAACGAUCAGAAAAUACACCUUAAAUAGAACCGGUUGAAUCAGCUUCAACAUUUGAUCCUUCUUGUUUGCGAAUAAUUAUUCACAGUGCAAACACAAGAAAAAUAAGUACGUACAAUUAUACUAUUGUAAGUCCUGGUUACAUUCUUCGAAUAAAGAACCUCUAGAGAGCACAUCUGA